AUGAGAUCAAGAAUUAAGAAGACGCCGGGGCCAGGGAGGCUUAAUGGAUGCUUGGAAGAGCUCCAAGAAGCGCAUGUUCUCGGUGACAGACGAUAUGCAAAAUUUGUUGUUGGAAGGCGAGAUUGGGUUGUGUAUGGAGGAAUUGAUGGUCUUAUAUUUGAGUGGAGUGGGAGUGGAUUCAGAGGUGCAAAAGGUAUCGGUACAGCAGAGGAAUGGGUAGGUAUAGAAAGCGACAAGGAAGGUUACACAAGCAUGUGCAUUGUGCGGACAACAUCAACUGAUCGAUCCCCUUGUCUUUCCUUGGAUCGUCUCGGAAUUGGAUUAAAAUGA